AUGACUUACAUCGGGGGUAAUAAUAGGGAUGUCUAUUGUGAAGACCAGUGCACUGAUGGCCGCAAAUGUGUGACCAAUGAUUGGUUGACGGCGAUCACGAAUCUCCAGAAGAAGUUUUCUGCAAAUCCUCCACAACUGGUUAGAACAAAUGAUAAAAGUGUUGCCAAACCGAUGCAAAAGUCUGGUCAUUACAUGCAAACCAAUUGUGCGAAUAGACGGCGAUCACGAAUCUCCAGAAGAAGUUUUCUGCAAAUCCUCCACAACUGGUUGGCACCCAAUAUGAAGCCGUCGAUAGCAGAGAGUCACUACCCAUGGAUGACAUCCGUCCAGGCGUUUGAGAGUCAUAUCUGUGGCGGUGCUAUCAUUACGGAGCACAUUGUGGUGACCGCCGCUCAUUGCUUUCGACCACUUUUUGAUUCUAGUGUUUACUCCAUAAGAAUCGGUUCCAAUCGCUUAAGCGAAGGCCAAAAGAUAUCCGUUUCUCGGAUAGUAAGACAUGAGUUGUACUUCCAGUCCGAGUCUUAUCAUGACAUCGCACUCAUUGUCACUAAAAAUGCCAUAAAACUUGACAAAACAGUAGACAUUAUUUGUAUUCCUGGAUCUGAUAUCAGUUCUGAUCAACUGGUGGGCCAAUUGGGAACAGUUAUUGGAUUUGGGGACACAUAUUAUGGCGGUUUCUUAUCGGAAACUUUGAAGCAAAUAAAAGUCGAAAUAGUUUCCAACAAAGACUGUGCGCAAAUGUAUGCCAUUGGAGACAAACAUAAUAUACCAAUUGGUAUACAGGAAUGUAUGAUCUGUGGCAGUCCUACUGGUGGAUCAGAUGCCUGUCAGGGAGAUUCAGGAGGGCCGAUGACUAUCACCAUAAGUGGUGUACACCAUCUCAUAGGCAUUGUAUCAUUUGGUCGCAAAUGUGGAACCGUUAGGAUUCCCGGG